AUGACCACCCAAUCUUUUGGGACGCAGACAGUGUCCCUUUACAGAGCAGUGGAGAAUUUGACAGCCUCAUUCAUCGUGAGCAUUCGCCUUUAUCUUCUUGUUGGCGUUUUUAAACCGUAUGCAGGUAAACGUAGCCAAAAGCGUGAUUACUUCGAGCCUACACUUGAGAAUUGUAGUACUUGGAAUGAGCCACCGAACCCAGAGACGUGGGCUUCAUUUGGAGAUCACGGGGUUACGGCAAGUGUCAACACCUAUGGGGAUAUGAUACAAUUCGGGAGAUACCUUGGCGCGGGAAGAAGCGGGAUGUUUUCAGCGGACCAUUCUACCACAGCGGAGCCGUAUUGUGUAUUGGCGAGAGCUAGACACUUGCAGAGCUUAUGUCGGGAUAAAGAACGACGAGAUUAUGUCCACGAUACGUGGCCGCGGUAUGAAUACAAAACAAAGAAGGUCAAAGUCUCUAUUCAAUGGAUGGUCCGAGAGGAAAUAGUCUUACAGCAAUACAUUGUCACGAAUCUGGAGGCCAAGGAAAUAGAUAUUCCGUUUGAAUUUGCUGACGACAUGAGGAUCCGAGACUUAGAAUAUCUGGACUCCAGUUAUAAGUUCAAUGAGGAAAACAUGGAACUAGAGGAUUACGAGAAGUCCGACGGGCCCAAUCACUUUGGGUGGACUUUGGUGCACAAA